AUGGAGGAGUCUGGUGUGGGCACUGCCCUGGCAUGGCCCUUUGGCUCCUUACCCUCUGCCAGCGCCAUGGCCAGCCCUAUGGAUGCAUCCCCAGCAGGUGGUGCCAGCAGGUUGGGUCCCCACCAGAGAAAGUGGACCGCCUUCAGCAAAGGGCAACUGCUGGAGGUGGAGAGGGUGUUUUCAGCAUGGCCCUACUCUGACAUCAGUACCUGUGAGCACCUGGCCCGGGUCAAUCAUCUUCCUGAGGCCAAGAUACAGGUGUGGGUCCAGAACUGCUGGGCCAAAAGAAUCAAGAACAGGAAGUCAGGAAGUCUAAGCCCCAGGACAGAGUCCCACCAGAGCUCCUGUUCUCUUCCAGACACUCUCCAGCUGCCCUGGGAUCCCCAAAGGCGGCCUUCACCCUCCAGUGGCACACUUCAGCGCACCUCAGUGUGUUGACACACCUCCUGUCCAGCUCCUAGCUUGGGUCCACGGCAGGGCUGGGAAGGGGCUAAAGCUGUAGCCCCAUAGGAACUGGCUGGGGCUUCAGCGGUCCACCCUUCUUUAGAGCAAGCUACUCCCCAGACGUCACUAGGCAGCCUGUCUGACCUCAUCUAUGCCUCAGCCAUUGCCACCAAUGUGGACCACUCCUGGUCUUGGUCUAGAACUUGCAAGACCCCUCCUCAGACUCCUGUAGCCCACCCUGCCCCUCCUAGGAUUGAACACACUGGAAGUGGAUCCCCUGCCUCCACCUUUUAUGCAAAGGAGUUCCCUAUGGGAAGGGAGUUUAGCUCAGGCAUCCUCCCUUACACAGGCCUCCAGGCCAGCCUAGAUGCAGGUCCUAUGCAGACUGGGGUCUGA